AAUAAAAAUGCCAACAGUUAAAAAGGUGAAGAAGAAGAGUGAUAAGAUAAGGGAGCGUGUCUCGCUCCGUUCUCAUGGCUUUGCAGAGCUAAUCGAUGGGGUUUUGGAGAUCAAACCUAAGUCCAACCAUGUCUUUUCAAGAGAAGGCCUUGAUCAAGUCCAUCUGAGAGGAGGAUUUACCACUUGUUUCUGGCUGUGGCUUGAUAAGCCAGCUGGAAAGGACUCUUCCAUCUUGUAUCAGUGGAGGAAUGCGUCUGAAUAUGAUUUUAGGGUAGGCCUGAAGGAGAACGCUAUCUGUCUUGAGGUCAGGAACCAAGCUGACGAAAUAGAAAGAAUCAUUUCAGAGAAAUAAGAUCAACCCUCGCAAGUGGUAUAGUGUCAUCAUAAGAUUUGAGUUCGAGAAUGAGGAUUUCAAUAAAAGAACUUCAGGUGAUGACAUCUGUGAUGCGUCCUUGUUCAUUAAUGGAAAUAUGGAUAGUUCUGGAAGUAUCUCUAACUACAAUCCCUUCGAUUACGUGAGUGUCUCAGUGGGAAGAUUCAGGAAAAUUAAAUCCUUUAAAGGAGCUAUUGCAGAACUCUUUGUGUUCUUCUACCCACUAGACACAGCAGGAAUAGAGGAGCAUUUCGAGGAUGGUCUUAACGAACUUAAAAAUGGAGAUGGACAGUUCUUGCAGAAGAUCUUUGACAAGGAUCAAGCAGACUUUAAUAGACAGGCUUUUGCAACUGAAAAGCAUAUCCCAGACGAGGUCCUUAAAAAUGUUGACGUUAGCCCAGAUUUCUUCCAAACUGUAAAGGAAGAGCCAAAUAAUGAAGACCUUAAUGAUAGAGAUCAGAAUAAUAUGGAAGAAAUUGAAGCAGAGGAGAGAGCUGCAGAUGAAGAAUCAGUAAAGCAGAACUUGAACAUGUUCAUUAUUGACAACCCAGGACUCUCUAACCAAAUCGAACAGUUGGCUAAUAACUACGACUGGCUUUUAACAGUUACUAGUAUCUUGUCAACUGGUGAUAUUACGAAAGAUGGAGCUAUUGAAAUUCCCAGGUUUAUGAAAAUUCUGAAAUUCUCAAAGAUUAAGUUGCCAAAGUCUGCUAUUGUUGAUAUGGUAGACAUUACAAAGACAGGAACUGAAAUCUUGGAUGAACAAGACGAUCAGAUAAAGCAUAGAGGAGUGCUAUACUAUAAUUUUCUAAAAAUCAUCAAAGAGGUAAUAUUGGCAGACAUGAUCUCUAACCUUGAAGAUGAAGAUAUUGAAAGAGUCUCGAUAGGGACAUAUGAAGAUAGUGAUGACAACAUUGCCGAUCCUGAACCUGAAGAAGAGGAAGUGGAGGAAGAAAAAACUGAGUUACCUCCAGCAGCAAACCAGAGAAAAGACAGCUUCCAUUCCUCACCUGAAAAAUUCCAAAAAUUUAAAAAGGAAGAUGAUGAAGAGGGUGAAAGCCAAGGAAGCGAACAAAAUGAAGAUGCCGACAAGACACUCCCUCCUGUAUUGCCUGAUGAAGGAGAGGGAGAUGUCCCCAAAGUUGAAAAGGAUAAUCAUACCCAGCAAGAUCAAGUAGAGGUAAAUGAAGAAGGACUUAUUAAAAACGAAGAACAAGAUCAGCAACUAAGAACACCUGAGCCUGAAUCAGAGCCAGAGGUUGAGGAAGAGGAGCAAGAAAUCCUUAUUGAAAGCUCAAGUCUUCCAGAUAUGGAUCAUGAGUGGAAUACAGGAAACUUUGAUAUCAACAUUAUUCGCUGUAGUGACUGCCACCUUCACUAUGAUUACUGUAGACAUUCUGAAGAUGAAUAUGUAAAUGCAUUCAAUGAUCUUGGAAAUGAAAUAUCAGAUAAAUUUAGCGGUGUUAGCAUUAUUGGAAAUCACGAACGUCCAGGAUACCUUGGAUGCUUCGAUGUAUAUGUCAGAGGAGUUGGCCCAAUGAAUAAAAGAGAUGGCCAAGGAAGAUACUUUCUGUUCAGCAAGAAACUGGCAGGAAAAUUCCCAAAAGCUCAAGAAAUAAUUGAUACAAUUACAAUUCUGUGCUUACUCUAUGGAAAUUCUGAAAAAUUAGGUCAAGCUCAGAAAGAAUUCAAAGAAAACUACAGGUAUUUGAUUCCAAAAGCAGAUAAAGGAAAGCAUGAGUAUCCUGGAGAUAUGCCUGAAAAUUUAAAGAAGCAGCCUGCCCUCAAGCAGAAAAUUAAGCCACAGUCAGAUAGAAUCAUGAGAUGCAAGAAUUGGGGAUGUGGUCAAGAAUACCAAGAAGAUAAAAAUGAUAAGCAUUCAUGCCGUCAUCAUCCUGGAAAAUAUCAGUUUGGAUCAAGACAUGGCCUUUGGCCUGAGAGUUGGACUUGUUGCAGAGCAGAAUGGGAUUCUCUUGGCUGCAGAAAAGGAUUUCAUAAAGGAGUACCAGCUACUGAAUUUGUUAGGCUAUGUAUUAACCAUGGAGAGCCAAAUCCAGACUCUUUCUAUCCAGAUAGUUUCUGUGGAAAACCAUUUCAAGAGCCAGAGAACAAACCUGAGUGGCAAGUAACUGCUGAAGAUAAAGAAGCUCUUCUGUGAUGCCAUAUUCAUCCAGGGUAUUUCAAAAUUGAUAGAAGGGCUGGAACAGAAGAAUGGACUUGCUGAGGAGAAGGAGAUGAAGCUCCACCUUGUGCAACUAUGGAGCAUAAAUUUGCAGAGUUUCCAGAUGAAGAAUCAAAGAAAUAUUUCUACAACAAGCCAUUGGUUAAGAUAGGUAAUUACGCUAGUGAGAACUCAACAGCUAGUGAAUUUGAGAUGUACGGAAGAUUCUGAGGAUAUUUCCUCGAGAGCAAACCUUAUGUUGAAAAGAAUCCUCCAAAGAAGAAUGCUCUAUCAAGAGAUGAGCAGAAAGAGCUAGAUCAGAUGGAUAAAGCUUGUUUGAAUUGGGGAUGAGGAGCUAUCUUUAAAGAAGAGGACAACAAUAGGAGAGCUUGUAGAUGCCACCCAGGAAGAUGGGACUUUGGAAACUCAGUUAAAAGUUGUCAAAAUACUUCAACAGGAGAGCUUAUGUGGGAACCUCAUUGGACAUGCUGUCGUCAAGAAUGGGAUGCACCAGGGUGCAGAAAGAAGCCUCAUAGAGGAGUCUUUCUUGAGACUUAUGAAGAAAUUAAGAGAGAGUUCCAAUGGCCAGAUCCUAGAGCUCAAGUAUAUUUCAGAAAGAAGAUAUCAUCUCUCUGGAGAAAGAAAAUGAUGAGUGAGUGUGAUUAUGAUGAUGAGACACUUAUGAAUAAAUAUGAAAGAAUAGAAAAGAUGAAUAGAGGCCAAUUAUCUAUUAGAGAUUUGGAAGAACUAUGUGACAAGCUUAGGCUUAACCUUUUGAUUAACUCAGAUGAUAUGUCCUUCCAUUUCAAGUUCCAGGAAGUAGUCAAUGGAGAAGCUCAACCUUAUCUUGAUGACGGUACUGGGUACAUUGAUAAAGAGAAAUUCGUGAAAUGGUGGUUUAUGACAACAGAGGAGCUUUUGCAUAAGGAUGAUCCACCGGAGGAAGCAGAAGGAGAAGCAAAGGCGGCAUAAUAUUAAAAUUUAGUUGUUGUCAAGAACA